CUGUCAGUGCUCCCAUUCCCAGAGGUCAUGGCUGGAGAACAGGGCACCCCUCACCUGUCAACAAAAGCAGCAUGGCAGUUGAGAAGACGCUGCUGCUGCUGCUGCUGCUACUUCUUUGGUAUUGCCGUUGAUUUCCAGUAACGGGACAUCUCUCUAGUGCAGUCCUCCCUGUACAAUGACUCUGUCCGGUGAAUCUACAGUCUGAGAUAGUAAACUAACUGCAGCACGAGUCUCAUGUCAUCGCUGGACUUGAUGAAAAAAGAGUGUUUCACAUCAGGGACCCUGUCCUCGGCUUCUCUCAAAAGAAGAUUCAUAAAGAAGAGAGUCGCUCCGGGGGCGCAGCAGGAUGCGGACAGCGACUGUCGGCUGUGCAGGUGUUCCAUAUUCUCCCUGUCUGGCAGUAGUCGCACUGUUCGCCGGAUUCUGACAGCCUGCCUCCUCUCUUUCCUGGCUCUGCUCGCCUCUGUAUCUGUUGACCUCAGCUCUAACUUUGACUUGCUGCACACUACAGAAGCUGCUUACAACGAGCUGACUUCAUGCAGGACGAUAGCUAUUCUGCAACUUGUCAGCAAGCUUCAAAAGAUGAGACGUUUAUUUAGCAAAGACAUGGGCAACGAGACAAUCGAGGCAAGUUUUUCCGAGGUUGUGUUUCCCGUGUUUGGUCUCUGUGGUGAGAUGGUGGGUCAUAGUAAUGGCCAUGGGCUCCCUUGCAGUGUUGAGUUGGCUGAACUUUGCCAGGAGAUGAGGAGGAGUGUUCAAGGAUUUCUAAAUUCUUCAUUGGGUACAAACAGCACAAGUCAAAAUGGUACUUCUGCUUUCUCCCUGGCCAUUGGAAGACUUCUUGACGUCUGGGGUUCAGUAGAAGAUACUUUAAUUAAAGUCAAAUUUAAUUCAAACUGGAGAGAUGUACUGUCUGCAAGACUUCUACUAACAUUCAUAGAGCUCAACCACCAGUUGAUGGACUUCCCCCACAUGGCAACUCACACCAGUUUUCAGUACAAGUGGACUUCUGUACUAAGCUACCUCUCCUUUGCUAGGGUCGUGGCAGAACGACUGAAUGACUGCUGGUUAGAGAACAUAGACCUCAAGCUAAACUCAAGCCAGCAUGUAAAACAUUAUUCUAUUUUUGACACAAGUAUGUGGCAGAUCUCUGGAGCAGGAGCAGAAUUGUCUGGGUCUCACAGUGGAAUUCAAGCUCUGACAAACACUCAGCAGUGCUUGCUUGAUCGCGCAGUGCCAGCUCUCAGGUUGGCAUCUCGAUCAGUGUCUUCUGGCCUCAGUAUGAGAAUCUGCCUCCUGGCCAUAGCCUGCCUCAUCUACCCGGUGGUCAUGUUCUCCUUCAAGCAGAUGACCGAGUGGAUACAGAACUAUGCCCAGAGCUUGAAGGAGAGGACUGAGGACCUCAAGCACCAGAGGCAGCUAGCUGAAGAUCUGCUGCACCAAAUGCUGCCCAAGUCAGUCGCCAAGCAGCUCCGCCAACAGAAACAUGUCGAAGCCGAGAGCUAUGAAAAGGUGACCAUUUUUUUCUCGGACAUUGUAGGCUUCACCUCAAUCUCUGCCUCCUGUACUCCUCUGCAAGUGGUGGAGAUGCUCAACAACCUCUACAUGUGUUUUGACACACGCAUUGACUCCUACGACGUGUACAAGGUGGAGACAAUCGGGGAUGCAUACAUGGUGGUGAGCGGUCUUCCUGAGAGGAACGGGGACAGGCAUGCUGAUGAGAUCGCUAAGAUGGCUUUGGAUCUGGUAGCAGCCGUCAGACAGGUUUCCAUCCCUCACAUGCCCAGCCACAGGCUGCAGCUCCGAGCCGGCAUCCACACAGGUCCAUGUGUGGCGGGAAUAGUGGGCUACAAGAUGCCAAGAUACUGUUUGUUUGGAGAUACUGUUAACACAGCCUCUAGAAUGGAGUCCACCAGCCUGCCUCAGAGAAUCCACACCAGUUCAGAAACCUACUUGGCCCUGAUCAAAGACAACGCCUACGAGCUGCAGCUUCGUGGAGAGAUUGAGGUUAAGGGUAAAGGCAAAAUGAAUACAUACUGGCUGAUUGGCCAUAAGAACUACAGUGUCCAGAACGACAGUCUGGUUUGCCAUUGGAAUCCCAACAAGGCCAGAAAAAAGAAGACGGUGGCAGGCAGUGAGGUCUCUGUUGGCAAUUCAUCAGUGACAGUGCAGAGCCUCAGUGAGAACGCCACCACUCCAGUCUCCCUUCCCUCCUCAGUGCUGAAUCAAACUCCACUGCAACCUCAGCCAGACAAGCCUGGCCUCAGUGUGGCAGCUCAGAUGGAGCCCUAUGGCAGCAGCUAUGGUACCCUGGGCUCCAUGAUCGGGGGGCUGCAGGGAGGAGAUGAGAGCCCUCUACCCAGUGAGCGUGGGAGUAGUGGUGGGCACAAACCUGACCUGCUGCCUGGCUCCAACCACCACAUGUCAACAGAUGCAGAUGCAGCUGCUCAGGACUUCAGUCAGCACAGGAACUUUUAUUAACUUGUCCGAUUUAUGGAGAUUAGUUUGUAGUAGAUAGUUUAAUAGCUGCUGGAUAAUGUAAUCACUUGACAUGUCAAGUUACGACCUUCAAAAAACUGAAAUCAAUCUGGAAAUUGCCUUAAAGGAAUCCAACGUUUUGGGAAAUACUUAUGUUUUAUUAGCAAGAGUGAGAUGAGGAGAUUGGUAACAUUGUAAUGUCUGUGUCACAACAUCAGCUGAGUCGUAAUCCAUUUUUCAUUUUCUGUUUACCUUCUGACUUGCCAUGCACUAACUCUCCUGUCAUUCUAGAUCCUGCCACACCCUCUUUCAGUUUCCCCUUUCCUGCCAUUACCUGACCUUUCCCCGCCCUCUGCACACCUGUAUCCACUGUAUCACAUUCACCCUGCUGCAUUUAUACCGGCCCAUUCCUGCAGCAGCAUAUUUCUGCUACAUUGACAAAAAAUACUUGCUCAGUUUCUUGAUAUGAUGAGAAAACAUUCUUGUUAUAUCAAGAAACUGAGAAAGUAUUUUUACGGGAAAAACUUUACAUUAUAACAUGACAUUUUCACGUCAUAUUACGUUAUACGUUAUAUUAUAUAAGUUAUAGUUAUAUAAGUUAUGCAGUAAGUUGCUACUCUUUAUGUGCUUAUCCAUUAUGAUAUCAGUUAAAACUACAACUGGACCUGGACCAUGUUAUGAAUAAUGACAGAUAGGUAGACACAGGAUGGUAAUAUUCCAGGGGAGAUCAUUACUGUGUGCUCCCUAGUUUUCACUCACUGUUAAUGAGGAACUGCUAAAAAUACACAGACUGACACAAGCACAGCAAAACGCCGUUUUAACUGCUUUUCACUCUUUGGUUGUUUGGGGUAAAAGAUUAAUUUAUUCUAAAAUCAAAUAUCUGUUAUUAAAAAUCCCGUGCUUGGUCUGUUUUACUUCGGUUUGUCACAGCAACAGCACCUACUAUUAUAAGAAAACUUCAUCAUAAUAACAAAUUUUAUAAUAAGGAAAAACAUUUUCUUGUUAUAUGAGAAACUUUUUCUUGUUAUAAGGAGAUACUUGAUAAAUUGAGCACAUUUUUCUUAAAUGGUGGCAGCAACAUGCUGCCAUAUGUUCCCAUUCAUUCUCUGCCAUGUCUUCUUUUGAAUUUCAGCCAUUAAGCAAUUUUUCCUUCUGUUCUGCCUAACUGUGAUGACUCCUUGCCCUGCCUUUUUGGACUUUUCCUAUCCUGCCUGCUCCCUUUUUGACUCGUUUGCCUGUUGCUCUGUUUUGGAGUAAUCCUUGAAAAUGAAAGUAAUAAAUAAAUGAAAUAAAUAAAUAAAUAAAUUAGCAAAUUAUGAAUCAUUUGAGUUGGAAAACCUCUAUUGGUUAAUAUAUAUGGUAGAUUAAUUUCAAAAUGGCAUUUCAUCUGACAUUAAGGGUGAUCUAACAAUUUAACUUUUCACAGUGAGGUGGUUUUCUUGUGGUAUAUAGUAUUUGUACGUACUGUAUGUAUUUAUAUUUUUAUAUUCCUAUCUACAUUUUGUAUGUUUUUUGUAUUCUGUUUACUUUGUGUGUUCAUGAAGAGUAUGCCUUAAACGUAGAGUAUAAAUAAAGUUUACUGAGGUACUUUUGCUAAUCUUUUUUAAGUGUGGAGGACUGGGAGCAGUGAAAUAUCAAAAACAAACAAUCUUUCACUUUCAGCUAGGAGUUUAGUAGUAUUUUCACCAUCUGUUAGCAAGAAUUUAGUUGCAAAAAUGACAAGUGUUGGCAGGGAUAGUGUGGCAGAAUGUAUCCUUAAUUAAACCUUUAAUGUAAGCAUUAACUUUGUAAAACAUCAACAAUGUUGCCAUAGAGAAGCAAAGAAGUCAAUGUCAAGUCUUAAGUAUUGUUUAUGAACAUGAAUAACAAUGUGCAAAAUGCAACAAAACACAGAACUUGACUUGUAUGGAUUCAAGUAACAGAGAGAGAGAGUGAAUGUGAGGCAUGAAAAAAUAAAACUGUGAUAAAUUUUCAAGCUCCCUGUCACUCUCCAAAAUGUGACCAAUUUCAAAUGAAAAACCUUUAUGGUCUUGUAUUUGAACGCUUCUGUGUACGAUUGAAAUGGACUGGAGCUUUUGUUGAAAAUGACUUACCAUUAUAUAGCAUACAUGAAGCUCCUGUGAAUUCUGAUUCUGAUUUUAAAUGAAUUUACAUCAUUUUACAAAAAAUUGCAGAAUUUUUAAAGAUAAAAAAUAAACUUGGUACAUUACUCCACUAUAUGUGUUAUGCUACCAAAAUGAUUAAUAUGUCAAAUUGUGUAGAAACCUUUGUAGAAAAGUGUACAAACUUUUUUUUAAAUGGAUAACUUUAACUUCUAAAUACCUUUGUUUUAU